GGGGGAGGAAGGGGAAUGAAUAAAAGCGGAUUGGAUUCCGGGCUGGGGUCCGUCCGUCCGUCCGUCCGGCGCAUAAACCAGCGUAUUAUUAUUAAGGAAAAAAUAAAAGUCGGGCAGACUCUUCUCUUCUCUCCCAGAACGCCGAAGACGCGACGCGACGCGACUGCACUCCACUCUUCCGCGCGAAUCACCCGCUCGCUCUCCCUGCUAGAGGGAAUGCCCGAGCCAGACCCAGCUCUUGUAAUGGAGGAGACGGCAAAUGGUGGAGGAGCUGCUGACAUUGUUGCUCCUGGUAAGAAGGAUAAUGCCAAGAAGGAAGAGGCUGGCGAGAGAAAGGAUGUGGCAGUAGUGAAUAAGAAUGGUGAAGAACCGAAACCCCCCUCAGAAAAUGGCAGCAAGGGCCCAUCUGAAGGAGAUGCCAAGAUUGCUGAGGCUGAGGAUGCAAAGGAAGAUGAUGCAGGUGCUGCAGAGCAUGUGGGUACUGAGGAUGUCAAAUCGGGUGGUGUGGAAGAUGCAGUGGCCAAGGAGAAGGCAGAAGAAGGUGAGGGUUCCAAAAUGGAUGCUGUCGAGGAUACAAAUGAUAAGGAAGAUAACAACGCAAAGUCAGCGGAAUGCGAAGAUUCCAAAACUGUUGGUGUGGAAGAUGCAGAUGCUAAGAAUGAUGAUGACACCAAGGCAGCAGAACAGGAGGAUGUAAAAAUGGCUGUUGUAGGGGAUACUGAUGCAAAAGAAGAUAAUGACACUGAAGCAACAGAAUGUGAGGAUGUCAAAAUGGGUGUUGUGGAUGAUGCUGAUGCAAAUGAAGACAACAAUGGCAAGGCAGCAGAACAUGAGGAUGUCAAAAUGGGCACUGUGGAGGAUGAAGAUACAAAUGGAGAUAAGGAUGCCAAGGCAGCAGAAAACGAGGAUGUCAAAAUGGCUGCCGUGGAGGACGAAGAUGCAAAUGAAGGUAGUGAUUCCAAGGCAGCAGAACAGGAGGAUGUCAACAUGGGCGGUUUGGAGGAUAAAGAUGCAAAAGAAGAUAACAAUGCCAAGGCAGCAGAAUGCGAGGAUGCUAAGAUGGCUGAGGCUGAGGCAGGAGAUGCAGAGGUCAAAGAUAAAGGACACAAGGAAGAAAAAUAUGCGAACAAGGAACUGAAAGAUGGAGAACAUAGUGGUUCUGAGGGGCAGGAUGGAGGAAAUGAGCAAGUAAAGAAUGAUUCAGCUGAGCAUGACAAAAAGAAGGCAGAAGAAACGAGUGAUAUUAAGCAUGCGGAAGAGGAAGCAGAAGAAAGUGGGUCUGCUGAUAAGAAAGAUGAAGGAGGGGAUGGAAAGGCAAAUGCGGAUGAAGAAAAGCAAGAAAAAGGUGCAAAGACACAAGGAAAAGAUGACAGUGUAACAGAAGAGAAAGUCACCGAGGCAGACAAGAAUGAUGAAGAGAGUAAGGAGGAAACUCCUAAGAACAAGAAAGCAAGAAGUGCUAGGGAUAGAAGCCAGGGGAAGGAUAAGAAACAGGAUGGGUCCAAAUCCAGGGAAGCCAAAAAUUUACUGAACUCCUCGAGCCCUUAUAGUACCGAUCGUCCUCAACGUGAUAGGAAAAUAGUGGAGAGGCUGGUUGAAGUGAUUGAGAAGGAGCCAAACAGGAACUUCGUAGUUGAGAAGGGUCGUGGUACUCCUUUGAAGGACAUACCUACUGUGGCACACAGAUUAUCAAGGAGAAAACCUGCUGAUCUUAAAUUUCUUCACAAUGUUCUUUUUGGGAGGAAAGGAAAGACUGCAGAUUUUAAAAGCCAUAUACUUCAAUUCUCCGGAUUUGUGUGGCAUGAGAGUGAUGAGAAGCAGAGAGCCAAGGCAAAGGAAAAACUUGACAAAUGUAUGAAAGACAUGUUGGUGGACCUAUGUGGUCUCUUUGCCAUUCCGGUUCCCAAAACAAACGUUAGAAAGGAUGAUAUUGUAGCAAAGCUGUUGGAUUUCAUUGCUGAACCUCAUGCUAUGAAUGAUUCUGGGCUCUCUGACGACCAGGGGUCAAAUUCUAGGAAGCGCAAGAGAGGAGGUGGUAGUUCGAGUAAGACUCCAGAUGUCACUCCCAAGGGUUCUAAGAAGAAAUUUGGUGAGGACGCAGCUCCAAGUAAAAGGCAGAAGCAAGGUCUGGAGUAUGAUAGUUAUGAAGAUGAGGGUGAAGAUCAACCUAUGAAGUCUGAUAGUGAGGAAGACGCAGAUGAAGCUGUUGAUGAACAAGGUGGCUAUGACUCUGUGGAAGAAAAAGCAAGUAAGAAGUCAUCAGAGGUAAAAAAUUCUGCAGGUAAAAAGAAGGCUGCCGCAGGUAGCACCAUUAAGACAGGUCCUCCAAGGACAACAAGCAAGAGUGCGGGCAAAACAUCACCAGAAGUCUCCAAGGAAAAGGAGAGCCCCGAUGACAGUGCAAAGGUCUUCUCUAGGAAGAAGAAACCUGCCAUAUCAAAGCGUACCCCAAGUUCUGAAAAGGAGAUAAAAGAAAAGAAGUUGCCAGGUAAGGAGGCGGCAAAGGGUAAAGGUGAACAAACUGAAGUAGGUCUGCCCAGUAAGGGUGAACUGAAAAAGAUUAUUGUUGGAAUCCUUAAAAAAGUUGACUUCAACACGGCUACUUUUAGUGACAUUCUUAAGAAGCUCGACGACCAUUACAAGAUUGACCUGGCUCCAAGAAAAGGAGCCAUAAAGCUUAUGAUUCAAGAUGAGCUGAAAAAGGUAUCCGAGGAAGAUGAGGAUUGAGCUGAAGAAGAAGCUGCUAAGAAACAGCAAUGGAGCCUGAAGAUGGAUUGUGUCAUAUAGCAGUAGCACCCACUGCUAAUUACUCUGUACUUAAGUGACAGCCCUAUAUUAAUCAUCAUUAUUCCGAUGUUUGCAGACCUUAAAACCCUGCCCUUGUUUGUGUAUGCUAAAACAUAACCUGUAGGCAUCUCCGCACCUUUAGCUGACUGAUGGGAGGCACUCCUGAUUAACUUGUCUGUAGAUUUGCAAAUGCCGUUCAAAACUCUGAAAAUGGUUGUGUCAGAGUCUGUAAUGGAUAGCUUGGUCAUAGGUUUGGGAAGCAUAUGGACGUAUUAGGAUAUCAUUGUUUGCGCUUUUGUUGUUUGUUCAUUAUAUACUUGUGGGGACGGUAUGCUAUUUAUCCAUUUUAUAUACUUGCGCCUU